ACUACAUACAUGAAAUUUAGUAUUUAAAUUUUUAAAAUUAAAUAUUUUUGAAUUGUAAAGUUACAUAGAAUAAUACAAAAUAAAGAAUAUAUGAUUUCCACUUUUAACAGUCUUCUUUUAGUAUUAAAUUAAAUAGUGUUUUUAAAAUAAUGGCAGGAGAAGUUAUCGUUGAUGCACUGCCAUAUAUUGACCAUGGUUAUGAUGAUCCUGGAGUUCGAGAAUCAGCUUUAGCUCUUGUUGAAGAGGAAUGCCGUAGAUAUCGUCCAACAAAAAAUUAUUUAGAUCACUUGCCGCCUUUAAAUUUAAAUGUAUUUGAGACGAAACUUAUGCGAAAUGAGUUUGAACGUAUUCAAAAUCGCCAACCUAUGGAAUCUCUUAGCAUGAAGAGAUAUGAGUUACCACCUCCUCCAGCUGGAAAAUUAGGUGAAGUUUCUGCUUGGCAAGAAGCUAUUGAAAACUCAAACGCUCAGUUAGAGCAUCAAACAGUGCGCGCUAUAAAUUUAGAAUUAAUGUUGGAAUAUGGAUGUGAAGCUUGGAAAUCGUACUUAGAUAUUUUUACUGCUCUUCAAGCUAGGGCUCAAAUAGGACUACAAGAUUUAAAGAAAGAAAUUCAAGAAAUAAAUUGGCGACGAAAACAAGCGCAAACUCAAGCCGGAGAGACCUUAAAGUCAUUAGAAGCCCAUUGGGUUAUGUUAGUAUCAAAAAAUUAUGAAAUUGAACAAGAAUGUGCUAAAUUGGAAAAGGAAAUUUUGGAAGUGAGGAAAGUUCUAGAAAAUCGAGCCAAAGAGAACGAGAAAGUUUUAGAAAACGAAAGCAUGGAAGAUAACACAAAAGAUGAUCUUUCAAAAUAAUUUUUUUA